GGUGAGUGUGGUGGAAGGAGGUGUGGGAGUUGUUGUGCCCCCAUUCGGGACAAGGACAACUUCUGGAAGCACUGGAUGAUUUUAGUUAGAGUGUCAGGUAUCUUAAUUAAUCUUAUCCGCCAACAUUCCAUUCCAAAUUCACAGAGGUUUGGGUGGAACAAUUGGUCAGACAUGACCUUCAUCAACAAAUAAGAAAGUUGUGAGAAAUUCCUGUAGCUCUUAUCUCCCAGAAGGUCAGAACACCUUCCCACAUGUCUUGUGAACCCAAACCUCAAACAGCACAUUUUAAUGCUGUUGUGGGCCAGCUGGGUGUACAGCGUGGCUAUGCUGUCUUGGCAAGACAAGGCGGUACCUGCUUCUUUAAAACUGUCUCAGUUUAAUGAAGUUAAAUAAUUAUUUCAAACAGUUUCCAGACAGUUGAAAGGCCAUCCCUUUUAAUGUUGCACGGGUGAUGACGUCAGUCAUAACAGAAUGAAUUGCCUCUAUCAUGUGAUUGGUUAGAGUGGCUUUGUUUUGUCAGCUAGCCCGUGUGUCUGUCAAUUGUUCAUCGGGCAGCUUUUCUUGUCGUCUAUCCCAGAAGAAACUUGCACCCACUUGACGUUUCCAGUGCUGCCACAGGAACUGUAGACACGGCUGCUCUCUACUCUGCUGUGCUGCCCUCCUCUGGCAGCAGUGUGAACAUCAGCGCUAUCUGUGUCACGCCACAACACACGGCCAGAAACAAGGCUGGCAACAGGACACAGUCAAGUCACACGUCCCCGGUCACGAGGGAGAGACAGCGAACUCAUCUGCAUGUCGCCUUUUGAACUGUCAACAGGAUUCCACAGUGUUGGUCCGGCGGGUGAGUCACACUGAUACACGAGGACACGUUACGCCAGGUAUUCCCAUGUACCCCUCCACACGAUCCCUCUCUCCUAUUGUUAAGCAAUGCAGCAUGAGGAGGUGAUGCAUUUUGCCAAUAUACCAGAUCAACUGGUUAGCAACUCAACUGGAACCGUAGCAAUGCGUUUCAUCCAACUGCAUGACGCGGCUUUCAACCAAUCAGCGUUCACGGUUUGAGCCUCCUGGUAACUCAGGGUGUCUAUGUGACACCAGGCCACUUUGUGUGUUUGUUUGCCCCAGACAGAGGAAUUUUGUGAGAUUUGUUGCGUGUUUGUGUGUGACUCAGUCACACCAUUUGUGACUCAGUCACUCGUUCACUAAGAAUUGAAAUUAAAAGUUGAUCACUUACUUGAUGUGUAAAUAGGAUACAUUUCUCAUUAGAAAAUGCAGAGUUCUAUAAACUAGACAUAUAAUAGUAACAUAACCUGACCCAACUGUCAUUUUUGUAACUAAACACUUUACAUGAUGUAAUAGCUUAACUUGAUCCAACUGUCAUUUUGUAACACUCCAUAUGAUAUUAACAUAACUUGAACCAACUGUCAUUUUGAAAAACUUCAUAUUGUAGUCAUUUAACUUGACCCAACUAAACACUUCAUAUGAGGAACAAUAGGGCAUACACAGGUUUGAUUUCCAUGAUGGUCAAAUUCACAGAUGGUUACUUACUUAUUCAUAGCUCUCACUAGUGUUGUCUCAGCUAGAAGUUUAGGAUUAAUGCAUUAAUUAUAAGGCGCUGUGGAUGAGCAUCUGCUCAAGGAAACACAUGUUUGAUUUUAAUACACAGUUCUGUACAUUUGUAAUUUCUCUUUAUUUACCGGACCGGUUUAUUUUCCACAACCCAAAAAUAAACAGAGGCCUUCAAACGCGCUGUCCAUCCAGAGGCUGCCUUGCAUUCCUUCUUCCCUCAAUAUGAGUGGAGCUCAGAGUGGCUGCGUCUCAAAUGCCGUCCUGUUCACUACACAGGGCCCUAGCUCUGACUUGGGCCAACAGGGUGCAGGGUGUCAUUUCCGCCGCAAGUCAGUGGGACCCCCGUGUGGUAAAACAGAUGCAAGUAUUUUAGUGGGAGUGAGCAGAGCAGGCCACUGCUGGCAGGCUCCCUGGGCACUAAUACGACAUGAGAUGAAGUCACAGACAUUGCAACUGUGGUUGACUCCCACUCAGCAGGCAGGGCUGCACAGUCAGAGCAUUAUGCCCAGGGGGUACCAGCUGGUACCAGCCUCUCUGCUCUGCACGGACUUCAUUUGUCGAGUCGUCUGAAAACCCGGGUCAUGGAACUGUAUAACUGCAAUGGAAAACUGCUAAUUGCCAAUAUCCUCCUGGGUUGUCUGGUCGCGUUCUCGCUUUACGGACUGUGCCCGGCUACGAAGCUUUGCACAGUAGCUCCAGACCCUGUGUUCCUAAAGGAAAACAACACAGUGGACGUUCUAGUGGGCAAAAUCAUCUGUAGCGCAAAUGUAGAGCUGGCCAUCAUAGAGAACCCAGAGGAGGCGUUCUACCUGCGCGGGACGGAACUCAUCGCCAAGAGAGGACUGGACUUCGAGUCCAUCCGCAGGGUGGACGAUGCUCUGUGGGUCCGGGUGCGCUGCAACAGAACCGGGUCCAGACCAGUGAACGUGUCCUUUGAAGUUUUCAUUGAGAAUGUGAACGACAAUCCACCUAACUUCGCUCAGAGUCAUUAUACACUGGAGGUGAAUGAGCUGACUCCUGUGAACGCCAGUGUUGGUUUGAUAGAGGCUACGGACAUCGACUCGGAGCCACUGUACUAUCGUUUGGAGUCAGCCAUGGAUAGGUAUUUUAGGCUGCAGAACGCCAACACCCCCAACAUACUGGUGCAGAACAUCAUCGACUACGACUCAGUUCAAAAGAUUCAACUGGUUUUACAUGUGCAGGACACGUUCAACGUCUCCGAGUCUGGCGAGCCGUCGUUCACGGCCGUGGUGACCAUCACGGUCAACGUGAAGGACGUUGACAACCGGCCGCCAUGGUUCCAGCCCUGCGUUAAAACCAACCUGGGCACAGCCAAACUCUGCGUCAGCACCGGGUACAGGGCAAAGGUCAACCUCACGGAGAAAGAGGACGGUGCUUUAGUGUUGGACCCGGGUCCACUGUACGCUAAAGAUGGAGACAGGAACAGGAGCGAGCAAAUCAGCUAUAAAAUCCUACGAGGAAAUGAAGGCAACAUCUUCCAGAUUGACGAAGACACUGGAAACAUCAGCAUGGCCAAAGCCGCAGACAUAUCUGGCCCAAUAACCCUCACUGUCCUGGCCUCCCAGGUGACCAACAGAGACCAGUUCGCCGUAACGCAGGUCACCAUUGAGGUGCUGAAGAAGAGCAGGAACCCUCCGCGAUUCGAGAAGGAGCGCUACGAAGGCUACAUCUACAGUAACUCCGUCCCGGAGAGCAUGAUCCUACGAGACAGAACUUCCAACCGACCCUUCAGAGUCAGGGCCAGAGACGAAGACUUCGCCACCGGCGUAAACCCAGACAUUAGGUAUGAGGUACAGUACAGCAGUUAUGUCAACGUGACCACAGAAGGGUUUGUCAUUCUGAAGAGGGUCGUGAAGACAGAGUCCUUCGCUCUGCAGAUUCGUGCCAUGGAUGUUUCCACGGGGGAGUCUGGUACAGCGGCUCUGUCGGUUCAGGUCAUACCAGCGGUAACACUGCCAUCACCGUCGGGGCUGGGGUACCGUGCGGGUGACAUGGCUCUUCUGGGAUUGGUCAUGGCAGUAAUCUUGGUUCUCUGCUUCAUUGUGAUUGGCUUCCUCGUCUCCCGUCUGAGGAAGGACGGCACCGACCUGAAUAAGCUAACUGAGUGUUUGGCUCCAUGUCUGAAGAGGAGAGGAUCCCCGGACCGGCCCAAGGACACCAUGCAGUACACCAACGACGGCUACCAGGGUACAGAGGGCGACGCCCUGCGGGGCGGAGCCAGACACCGGGGAGGCGGGGCCACCAGGGACCAGGCCAUCCCUCUGGAGCGACGCCGUGGCGACCGGCACUGCGGCACCUGCGGCCCGUAUGCCAACCACAGCCACCACGCCAAGCACGCCUCGGCCAGCGGCCUGGGGAGAGGAGAGGAGGACGGGAGGAGGUCCAUCCUUGCCAAAGGCGGGAGGAAGGAGGGAGGGAAGUCGGUGUGGUUCAAGGAGAAAAAGGACGCCUCCGGGAUUGAGGUGGAGAUUAUCCCGGAUACUCUGGGUCAGGAGCAGGAGACCGAAGAGGAGGAGGUGGAUAUGGAGGAGCUGGAUGGGGGAGACGGGAGCAUAUCUACCCAGACAGAGGAGAUCGAUGAUGAGCAUGGGGACCAGGAGAGGCAGGGAGACUGUGAUUCAGCCGGUAAAGGGGAAAAAGAGAAUGCGGGAUGAAGGGGGAGAAGAUCUAAAAAGGGAAACCAACAGGCAUGAGGAGAAAUGGCGUUUACAUUACCAUGGGAACGCCUGAUUCCGGAGUGGGAUUCUGGACACAGAUGGGACAUAUUAGCACUUUUGAAGUGGACUGUAUGUCCGUCCACAUAAAAGACACUUUUGGGGAUUACUCUUAUUUAAGGACGAGUCCCAUGCAAAGCACAAGGAGGAAACUUCUCACAGGACAGAGGAGAAACAAAGUGGAUCAACGAAACACUGUGUUCCUUUUUAACUUGAUAUAUUUUAAUACAGUUUUUGUUUUGAGACAGAGUCCAUCAAGUUCUUGGUAAAUAUUCAAUGAGCUUUACUAAUAGUGUAUGUGAAAAAAAACAAGACUAUUUAAAUAGUGGACAUUUUUUUUGCCACUGAAAGUUGACAAGUUGGACAGAGAAUAUGUAAACUGAAUACUAAACUGAUUGUUGAGAGUAUUUUAGUGUAUUGUAUCAUAUUCUUUUUGAUCAUGUUUAGAGAAUUAUGACAAUGAAAUUAUCUAUGUAAUUAACCUUUUUACAUGAUGGUAUUAUGUGGAUAAAAAUUCUUCCAUUUUAUACUAUAUCAGUCAUUGGAUAUUUGAUGAAAUAAAA